CAUUUCACAAUUGUGUGACCUAUUCCUGAUUCGGCUAGUGUUCUGCAUACACUCUCACAAAGAAACUUUCACUAUAUUACAUCACUCAUUCACUAACUUUUCUCAUUCUUCAAUCAUCUUCUUCAUUUCAUUAUCAUUGAAUGUCACUAUCUUAUUCAAGAUUCCUAUCUCUUCUUCUAUUCAACUCCUUUCAUCUGUCUCUCUAUCACAUUGUAUGUGUUUCUGGCAAUGGCUCCCUGUUCUCAUAACAAGUAUUAUCAUAGUGCUCAUACCAGGCAGUUCAUUAGCA